AUGGUUGAUGCCUGGUUUGGCGACGACGACGACGACGACGACGACGACGACGACGACGUGUCUGGUGGGGGCACGUGCAUCUUCUCAAUGGCUGGCCACGAGGGCGCUGUGAAUGUUGGACUGAGCCCCCGGCGUGGGCAAGGCAUUUGA